AAGGACACCCCACCUCAAAACCCAUCGUAAAAACAAGAAGCGUUACUUGUAUGAAUGAGGCUAUUUUCGUAAGUGCGGAUGCGGAAGCUGUUACCACCAAAAUGCUUAGGGAACCGGUGAAAGGAAACAGUCAAGCUGUAGCAUAGGAGCCGGUUCAAGCACUUGGCUCUGGCUGCUCCCUGAGCUGCGUCCUUGCCAUGAUGCAGCACACCCAAGAAGAUCUGGCUGCACCUGGAGAAGAAGAUGAUGCCUUUGGGGAAGGAAUAUCAUCCAGGCUCCCUGAAAUCAUGUCAAUAGGAUCACAUUCAUUCUCUCCAGGAGGUCCUAAUGGGAUUAUUAGAAGCCAGUCUUUCGCUGGCUUCAGCGGGCUUCAGGAGAGACGCUCCAGGUGUAACUCCUUUAUUGAAAAUUCCUCUGCACUCAAGAAGCCCCAAGCAAAGGUGAAGAAAAUGCAUAAUUUGGGCCAUAAGAACAGCACCACGCCCAAAGAGCCCCAGCCUAAAAGGAUGGAAGAGGUCUAUCGAGCCCUGAAGAGUGGCCUGGAUGAGUAUCUGGAAGUUCACCAGACAGAGCUGGAUAAGUUGACUACUCAGUUAAAAGACAUGAAAAGAAACUCACGCCUGGGAGUCCUGUAUGAUUUAGAUAAGCAAAUCAAAGCAGUCGAAAGAUAUAUGAGAAGGCUGGAGUUCCACAUUAGCAAGGUGGAUGAGCUUUAUGAAGCCUAUUGUAUCCAAAGACGUCUCUGCGAUGGUGCCAGCAAAAUGAAGCAAGCCUUUGCAAUGUCUCCUGCCAGCAAAGCAGCUCGGGAGAGUUUAACUGAAAUCAACAGGAGUUACAAGGAGUACACAGAGAACAUGUGUACCAUAGAAGCAGAGCUGGAGAACCUAUUGGGGGAGUUUUGCAUCAAGAUGAAAGGUCUGGCUGGCUUCGCUCGGCUCUGCCCAGGAGAUCAAUACGAGAUUUUCAUGCGUUACGGUCGCCAGCGAUGGAAACUGAAGGGCAAAAUAGAAGUGAAUGGCAAGCAGAGUUGGGAUGGAGAAGAAAUGGUUUUCCUCCCUCUCAUUGUUGGACUGAUUUCCAUUAAGGUCACAGAAGUUAAAGGACUUGCUACUCAUAUCCUUGUGGGAAGUGUUACCUGUGAGACAAAAGACCUGUUUGCAGCUCGGCCUCAGGUGGUUGCAGUAGACAUUAAUGACCUUGGCACAAUAAAGCUGAACCUUGAAAUCACCUGGUACCCCUUUGAUGUUGAAGACUUGACCCCAUCUGCAGGAAAUGUGAGCAAGGCAUCUGCUCUCCAGAGGAGAAUGUCCAUGUACAGCCAAGGCACUCCUGAAACACCAACCUUCAAGGACCACUCAUUCUUUAAAUGGCUGCAUCCCCUGCAAGACAGGCCAAAGUUGACAAUCUUAGAUGCUCUGCAAGACACUUUCUUUGACAAGCUUCGUCGCAGUCGUUCUUUUAGUGACCUGCCAUCGCUCAGGCUAAGCCCAAAGCUAGAGCUAUAUUCAAAUUUGCCAGAUGAUGUCUUUGAGAAUGGAACAGCGACCACUGAGAAACGGCCUCUUUCUUUCACUUUUGGUGACCUGCCUUACGAAGACCGCGUGCCCCCUGCCAACUCAGCAGAGCCCUCUUCUGCUCACGUCAGCUCCAGCCCCGACAUCACUGCGACCCCCACCCAGCACCAAGGUCUCGACUCCUCCAAGAGCUCAAGCCUGGACUGUAGCAGCAGUGACUCCUGCAGAGACUCUGUCACUGAGCCAAAGGACCUGCCGUCCCAGGGAGAGGGCGCAGUGAUUGAGAACGAGAGCACUGCAAAGGCAGCUCCUGAAGUUUGCCGAAAGACCUCUGAUGCUGGGAGCGAUCAUGUUUUCCUAGAAACAAGUGUCCCAGUGUCUCUCCUGCAGGACACGGAUGAAGGUUCGGAGCUCAAGCCUGUGGAGCUGGAUACCUAUGAGGGUAACAUCACGAAGCAGCUGGUAAAAAGGCUUACGUCAGCUGAGGCACCCAUGACCCCAGAGAGGCUGCUGUGUGAGGGGUCGAUUAGUGGGGAAUCGGAAGGAUACAAGUCUUACCUGGAUGGAAGCAUUGAAGAAGCCUUGCAAGGGCUUCUCUUAGCUCUUGAGCCACAUAAAGAGCAGUAUAAAGAGUUUCAGGAGCUGGACCAGGAGGUGAUGCAUCUAGAUGACAUCCUAAAAUGCAAGCCAGCAGUAAGCCGAAGCAGGUCCUCCAGUUUAAGUCUAACAGUUGAAAGUGCUUUAGAGAGCUUUGAUUUCCUGAACACCUCUGACUUUGAUGAUGAGGAUGGUGGUGGUGUGGAGGUUUGUAAUGGUGGAGGAGGUGCAGACUCGGUAUUUUCAGAUACUGAGAUUGAGAAGAAUAGUUACAGGACGGAGCACUCGGAAGCCAGAGGGCACCUGAGCGAAGCUCUCACCGAGGACACUGGCGUGGGCACCAGCGUGGCCGGCAGCCCCCUGCCGCUGACCACGGGGAACGACAGCCUGGAUGUCACCAUAGUUAAGCACCUGCAGUACUGCACGCAGCUCAUCCAGCAAAUUGUGUUCUCCAGUAAAACACCUUUUGUGGCAAGAGACCUCCUGGAUAAGCUGUCCAGGCAGAUCCUUGUGAUGGAGAAUAUCGCGGAGAUCAGCAGUGAGAACUUGGGAAACAUCACCUCCCUUACUGAUGCAAUUCCAGAGUUCCACAAGAAGCUAUCAUUGCUGGCUUUCUGGAUGAAGUGUACUGGCCCUUCGGGAGUGUAUCACACAUCUGCAGACAAGAUGAUGAAGCAGCUGGAUAUCAAUUUUUCCACCACUGUGAAUGAGGAGUGUCCAGGACUUGCAGAAACAGUCUUCAGGAUCCUGGUGUCUCAGAUCCUGGAUCGGACGGAGCCUGUCCUCUACUCCAGCAUGUCCUCUGAGAUCAUUACCGUCUUUCAGUAUUACAACUAUUUUGCCAGCCACAGUGUUAAUGACCUUGGAAGCUAUUUGCUGCAGCUUGCAAAAGAAGCCUCUGUGGUUCAGGUGCUGCAGUCAGUGAAAGAUGGAAAACUGCAGCAAAAUGUGGCCAAAAUAAACUCCAAUAACCUUCCACCACAGCAAGAAGUUUUGAGAGCUUUGGCUUUACUUCUCAAUGAAAAUAAAAAUGAAGUCAGUGAGACUGUGGCAUCACUUCUGACAGCUACUGCAGAAAACAGGCACUUCAGGGAGAAGGCCUUGAUUUAUUACUGUGAAGCACUAACCCAGCCCAACCUCCAGCUGCAGAAAGCAGCUUGCUUGGCUCUAAGGUUCCUCAAGGCUACUGAGAGUAUUAAAAUGCUGGUCACACUCUGCCAGUCUGACAAUGAAGAGAUCAGAAAAGUGGCGUCCGAAACCCUGCUCGCCCUUGGUGAAGAUGGAAGACUGGCAUAUGAACAGCUGGACAAAUUUCCCCGGGAAUUUGUUAGAGUUGGAAGCCGCCGUGGAACUGAAACUGCCACAGCUUUUUAGGUGGAAAAGCACCUGCCUGCACGUGACAUGCAUUGAAGUAGGAUGAGGCUGCGCUUCAGUGUGGGGAGCAGAAGGAAGACUUUGAAGAAUUCUAGGAGAAAGCCCUCAAAUGUAGCAAUUUACAGACUUCUUAAGGAAAGGCAACAUUUAAAAUCCAGCUUAAGUGUUCCUACUGGCUCCUCUUUGCAGCUCAUGAUGGAACAGCUGGAUGCUGAGGAGCUACCCUGACCGAUCAAUAACGUAUGAUGUAAUCGCAGCUAUUCAGCCUCAACACACUUCUGUGAGUUUUUAGAAUUUGGCAUCUUCAUCUGUUUUACUGAGUAUUGCAUUUACUUCCUUGAAGUUGUUGUGAAAGCUUGAGAUGUGCGAUACUGUAUCUAAGAAGGACAAGUCGGAGGCCACCUAAACAGGACAGCAAAGAAGCCUUCUCUUGGCGUUCCCACCAACACUCCAGCAGCAAGGAAUACCACUUGGCCUUUUCAUUAAUGAAAGACAGAGCAAGUUUCUUCAAGUUUUGCCUCCAGAAACAGCAUGAAACACCCUGGGAGGUGUCACUUUGGUGACUCAUUCUAAAUGCCUUCACUGGUCUUUUAUUUCCUUUCUCUUGCCCUCCAGCAACAAGCUGUUAUUAAUGCAGAGAUUUGUGAGGGGGAUCAAUCACGUAGGUUUCUGAAAACUAAAUGAAAAGGUAAAGUGCAUUUAUUUAUUCCAGGAAGGAGUGAAUACAGCUAAUUGAACGAGUCCCCAAAGCCGUUUGCUCCUGUAAGUUGCAAGCAGGCUUGGAUUUCAUACACUCUAAUUAGUGGAUCAUAGCUUUUUAUAGUCAUUUCAAUACAAAGAACUAGAACAAGUGGACCUAGAAGGCAGUAAUAAACAGAGGGUGAAGUGAAUGCGUUUCCCCCCUCCCCACUGCAAGGAUGAAAAACAGCGAGUACUUUGAACUGUUGAUUGUGAGCCUUAAGUUAACAGAGGAGGUGAAUAGAAUUUAACAGAAGAGUGUUCCUGUACUGUGUUCAUUAUGCAUGAAAUGCUAUUUAGAUGUCAGUUGAAGUAUCCAAAUUUGCAUAGGCUACAUAGAAAAGAUUGCAAACAGUUCACAUCAAAAGGAAGCCUUGUGCGCCAAACACUUGGCAGGCCAGGGCCCUUUUGUUUGGGUUUUUUUUUUACUGUGAAUGUUACAACAGUGUACAUAUCUGUAUAUUUAUAAAUACAUAUUCUUCCUUUAAUUAAAAAAGUACAUUUUGUACAGUUCAAAAUGCUUGUUUACUGAGGAAGAUCGACUCUUUUUGCAGCAGGUGAAAUAGCCAUGUUAUGGUUUUUAUACCACACCUCUCCCAUCAGCUGAAUUCUUCCAAGGUGUCCUUUUGUACUGACUUCUGCUUCCUUUUUUUUUUUUUACUAUUUUUUUCUUUUAGUUUUGUGGCAUUUGUACUCACCAUAUUUCCUAUCACAUUUAAGUUAUAAUAAAGAUUAUUUUUUAAUUACUAAGCA